AUGGGGUGCAAUAAAUUGGGAAAAGAUCCCACUGAAGAAUACCAAGCAGCAGUAAAGAAUACCAUAAAGAAAAGCACAACCAUAAUAAAGGAUAAUCUACCAUAUAGACUAACACUUAUGAACCCGAGUGUCCCUCCGUUGAUUGCCUUGCCGAAGACACACAAACCAGGCACCCCGAUGAGACCUAUCAUUAAUUACAAGUCUGCUCCCGGAUACAGACUCUCCAAGCACCUAAAGACGGUGCUGAAGGACAGUCUGGAUCUACGCAAUAAAUAUACUAUUACAAAUACAACGGAACUAAUCGAGAAGAUGAAAUCGUUGAAGAUCAACGAAAACACUAAAUUCGUAUCAUUCGACAUCAAGGACCUUUACCCAUCGAUACCAACAAUAGAAACCAUAAAGACCGUACAAGAAAUACUGAUGGGAAAAAUGAAAAGAGAAGCUGUCACGGAAAUAAUAAACGCGUUGAAGGUCACAUUAAAACAAAACUACUUCCGGUUCAACAAUAAGAUAUAUAAACAGAUUAACGGGUUAGGAAUGGGCAAUCCGACGUCAGCAAUACUCAUGGAAGUAUUCAUGCAAACACUGGAGGAGAAAUACAUGAAAAACCUAUCGACCAACCUAGGAGUAAAAUUCUACGCGAGAUAUGUCGAUGAU